ACCCGCAAACACACCUCUUGAGCAAACACAGCCUGCGCGCAGACACGGCGCACACCCGCUCCGUCCUGCACAGGCAGUGCCCCUGCGCGGUGUCACCCACCCGCAGCACCCGCAGGGAUCACACACACAGUCACAGGCUGCUGCCUGCAACCCCUGCAGCCCCCAAGCACUGCCGCAACCUGCCAACAGCCUCUUCCCCAUCCCUCUGCAGAGCACUCGCGCUGCCGUAGGCACACGCACGCACACACUGCACCCCGGGUCCGGCUGCGCCACGCUGGCACCCCCAGACAAGGUGGCCCAGGUCAGCAAGCCCGGACAGCGGUGGAUGAGCGCUGGGCACUGGCCUAGCCACACGCACACACCGGCACCAUGGACUUCGUCAUGAAGCAAGCGCUGGGCGGGGCCACCAAGGACAUGGGGAAGAUGCUGGGGGGCGAGGAGGAGAAGGACCCCGAUGCGCAGAAGAAGGAGGAGGAGAGGCAGGAAGCCCUGCGCCAGCAGGAGGAGGAGCGGAAAGCCAAGCACGCCCGCAUGGAAGCGGAGCGGGAGAAAGUCCGGCAGCAGAUCCGUGACAAGUACGGGCUGAAGAAGAAGGAGGAGAAGGAAGCAGAGGAGAAAGCUGCUCUGGAGCAGCCGUGUGAGGGCAGCCUGACGCGCCCCAAGAAGGCGAUCCCAGCAGGCUGUGGGGAUGAGGAAGAGGAGGAGGAGGAGAGCAUCCUGGACACGGUCCUCAAGUACCUGCCCGGCCCGCUGCAGGAUAUGUUCAAGAAGUAACAGCACCGUCAACCCUGCCAUAGGGUGCUGGGGCACGGGCGCCCUCUCUCCUACAACUCCUCCAUCAGUUCCCUUGGCCCCGGAGAGGGGGUCCCCACACCCCCUCCCAUCCCCUCCUGCCCUGUCCCCCAACCAGACCAAAAGCCCGCCCCGUCCCGUCCAGGCAGGGCCCCCCCCACCACGCCAAAGGGGAGCAGCCCUGGCCGGACAGGGCGAACCGGGACCAAAUGCACUGAUGUAACCUCGCGGCAGGCUAGGGGCACCCAAGCCCUACCGGCCCCCCCGGGGUGGCUCCCCGUGCCCCCUGCCCUGCCCCUUCUGUUCUCCCAGGGGACCCCAGUAGGCCUCUGCUCGCCUGCCCUUGUCCCCAACACUGCCAUCCCCCUGCCCCCUCCCGCCCUGGGCCAAGCCCAAAGCACAAAGCCAGGCGCCCUGCCCGCAGCUCCCCAUCCCCGGUCGUCGGGCACGGGGGUCCCCCGGGGCUGCCCGGUGUGCCCCAGCAUCGGAGGGUUUGGAGGGGACCCCCCUCCCCGCAUCUCUGGCCCCAUAGUUAAAGCCAUAUCAGUUAGACUGCAAUACUUCAGCACCGGGAGGAGCGGGCGCCGCGCUCCGCCGACCGUGUACAAAGGCACGCGCGGGGCAGGGGCCCCCCUGCCUCGUCCCCCCGUCCCCGCCGCUCGCUCGUCUGUGUCUUGGCCCCGCUGGCCCCCGUCCUCGCAUUAGUGUCUCUGUGCCAGGGUGCGCCCCGUCGCUCCAUGCGUCCUCGUGUCCGCUGCUCAGACUCCCACCCCCGAGUCCCCGCUGUCCCCGGGGGUCACCCGCGGCGCCCCUCGCCGCGCUGCUGGGACCCCCGCUCUGCCCCCUGCAAUAAAGCCAGCGCGGGGCCGAGGGCUGCCGGGCCCGUCCCGGGCUGGGAGCACCCGGCUGCCCUCACCUGAUGCUGGACACAUGGGUCCCUAGGCCUGGGAAGGGAUCCCUGGGCAAGCGCCCCGGGAUGUCCCAGGAGCUGCUGCUCGCACCCCAGUGGGGCGAGGCAGGAGCACACCCUCAUCCCGGCCCGUCUCUCGCCGCACCGUGCUCCCCGCUCCCUGUGCUCCCCCAGCCACGGCCCCCAGCCGCUCACCAGGGCCCUCCCAGGAGGUGGAGAGCAGCUCGGGGCCCCACAGACAUGCUGUGACCAUCCUGCUCGAACUAGUCUUUGACAAACUAAUAAAAUAAAGGGAUUUGUACAUUG